CAGAGAGUGCGGUCAAAGUAGUGAAAACACUCAUGAAGAAAGCAGCAGAUGCUAAGACGGAUUUUUGGCUUGCAUUAUUGGAAUAUCGCAACACUCCCACCGAGGGUGUCCGGUUGAGUCCAGCACAGAGAUUGUAUAAUAGAAGAACAAGGACAUUGCUUCCAGCAAAGGACACAACACUACAUCCAAAGAUGGCGGAAGGUGCUGCAAAAGCAUUAGUGGCACGCCAAGAGAAACAAGUUGAAAGAUACAACAGACGGGCAAAGGAUUUACCAUCAUUGGAGCUGGGAGAGGUAGUAAGAGUACAGCCAUUGACAGGCAAGAGCAAACCAUCACAAUGGAAAAAGGCGGUGAUUACUAAAACUCUACCCAACCGUUCGUAUGAGCUCAAUACGGAGUCAGGCAAAUUAUACAGACGAAAUAGAGUUCAUCUAAAGAAGACAAAGGAAAGUCCACCAAAGCAAUGUGAUAGCACAAGUCAAGGUGACGAAGAACCAACUCAAAUUCGGCUAACAGUGAAACCGAAAGACCAAACAGUAAGACCAACAGCAAAAGAAAUGACAGUGAAACAAGUACCCAAAGAAGAGGGAUUGCGACCAGCAAGAGUUACUAGAAGUGGUCGAGAGGUGAAAGUGCCGAAAUAUCUGAAGGACUAUGUUUGUUAUAAGUAGUUCGAAUUGCGUUGAGUUUGUAGAACACUCAAGGAAGUUCUUUUCUUUUUUGUUUUUAAAGAAAAGGGGAUGUAGGGUAGACUAAAUAGUGUGAGUAUACGGGACCUGUUGAUAUAUAAUUCUAUGGUUGUCUG